UAUACAUACAUAUAUCUUCCAAUUAUUUUUACAAGAUAUAGUUUUCAUAAUUAAGUUUCCUUAAUAGUUAUAACUGAUUAAAACGAUCCAUCCUCUGAAUUCUGAAAAAAUGGUAGUGUGUAUGGUCAAAUACUAUUACUACUUGUUUGUAGUAAUUAAUGGAUUGUCAUCAAUAGUAUCAUCAUUAUCGUCACCAUCAUCGUCAUCGUUUGCGAGAGAUGGUUGUGAAGAAAAGUGUGGGGAUGUAACGAUUCCAUAUCCUUUCGGAAUGGGAUCGUCAUCAAAAUGUUAUAUUGACAAAAGCUUUCAAAUCUCUUGUGAGAAUGGGAUUACUCCUUUUCUCAACAUUAGUAGUACUAGUAGAUUACAAGUACUUAAUUUCUCAUUAUUCGACGAUGAUGGAGAUCAAGGCCAAUGGGUUCGGGUUACAAGCCCCAUUAGUUUCUUCGAUAAUUGUUCGAACAAGGAAACCAAUGCAAAUCCACCGAAUUUGUCGGGAACCCCCUUUUACUAUAGUUCUGGGAAUAAAUUUGUUGCAGUGAGUUGUGGUGUUCUUGCCAAGUUGGAAACAAACACAGGUGAUAAUACCUUUUUUGGAUGCACAAGCAGCAGCAAUGGAUCUACAUGCACCAAUUCAUUAUCAUCAUCAUCAUCCAAUAUUGAUAUUAAGAUGAUUAAUUGUAGUAAUAAUGAAGUUGAUUGUUGUACUACUCUCUUCUCUUCUAAUUCUGCUACCACCACCAUCAACAUCUCCAUGGAUAAUAAUAACGAUUUAUCCAUGGCAGCGGGGACAUGCAAAUAUGCAUUCCUCGUAGAUAAUAAUUAUACAGGAAAAUAUUAUAAUGAUAAUAAUAAUAUAGUUCCUGUUCGAAUAAGUUGGCGUCUUAACCAUUCCCUUUUUGAUAUAUUCAAACAAGAUAUUAUGCCAACAAAGUCAAGUAAUACAUUUUACUGUAAGGAUUCCACUUCUGAUCUCCCAUUUAUUUGUCACUGCAAUAAAGGAUAUAGAGGAAAUCCUUAUAUUGUGGAUGGCUGUAAAGACAUUGAUGAAUGCAAGGAGACACCAAAAAGAUGUAGUCCUCCCAAAGGGCGUUGCGUGAAUACUGUCGGGGGCUUUAUCUGUAAAGACAGCAACAAGCUCGGACGUACUAAAGCCAAGUUUUUCUUUAUAGGUAUUGGGAGUGGUCUUGGAGCAAUAGCUCAAGUUUUUGGUGCAUGGAGACUAAUGAGACAUGUAAGGAAAAUACAAGAUAUUAAAGGCAAGAGUAGGUUCUUCAAACGGAAUGGUGGUCUUUCGUGGGAAGACCAAAUAAAUUCAACUGAUAAUAAUAAUCUUUCUUUGGUGGAAGAUUAUGAUGAAGAACAACAAAAUAAUUCAAGUGAAGAUAAUAUUGUUGAUCCGAAUAAUUUGGAGGAGGGAAAUGAAGAAAAAAAUUCAAGUGAUGUUGAUAAUAAGUUGUUCGAGUUAGAAGAGUUGGAGAAGGCAACUAAUCGUUUUAGUGUACGAAUUUUUGGCCAAGGAAAUCAAGGUUCUGUGUACAAAGGAAUGUUGGAAGAUGGAAGGAUUGUUGGUGUAAAAAAGUUCAUAUUAAUUGAUGAAGCCAAAGUCGCUGAAUUCAUCAACGAGGUUGUGAUUCUUUCACGAAUCAAUCAUAGAAAUAUUGUCAAGUUGUUUGGAUGUUGUUUGGAGAAUGAUGUUCCACUUCUUGUUUAUGAAUUCAUAUCAAAUGGAACGCUUUCUGAGUACAUUCACGAGAGAAAGGCAGGGUUUUCUUUUUCAUGGAAUAUGCGAUUACAAAUUGCAAUUGAUGUUGCAACAGCUCUUUCCUACUUACAUGCAAUUCCUUCUUUUAAAAAUUUUCAUUGGGAUGUAAACUCUACAAACAUACUCCUUCACGAAAAUUUGAGGGCAAAACUUGCAACCUUUGGUACAACAAGAACGAUUUCCUUGGAUAUAAAAAAUCAUUUGCACGAUACAUCUGUUUAUCUGGAUCCAGAAUACUUUGAAUCUCGUCAAUUUACAGAUAAGAGUGAUGUUUACAGUUUUGGAGUAGUUCUAGCCGAACUUUUAACUGGACGAAAAGCAAUAUCUACAAAAGGGCAGUUAGAGGACGAAGAAAGAAUUUUGGCCGUAUAUUUCGUCAAAAUGAUGAAAAUAAAGAAUGAGAAUAGCGUGUUUGAGAUUAUUGAGAGUGAAGUUGUGAAAACUGCGCAAAAAAGGGAUAUCUUAAGUGUUGCUGAGCUUGCACGAAAAUGCUUAAGGGCCAGCGGAAAUGAUCGACCUACGAUGAGAGAAGUUAAAAAUGAGCUUCAGAAGUUAGGAGGCAUUGGUGAUGGAGGUGGUCAACAAAUUAAUAAUGAAGAGGAGGAAUUAGUAGCUGAUGAUCAAAUUUUAGAGAAUAAUAAUGCCUCAUCAUCAGCAGCUGGAGGGUUUUUUGAUAGUAUUACUAGUACUACUACAUCUUUUUAAUUAUAUAUUAUAUUCAUGUUUUGAUAAUUAAUAUAUGUGGUGUGAUUGUAGUAACUUAUAAUAUGUAUGUAUUCAUGUUUUAAUAACAAUUAAUAUGAGAUGUUUGAUUUGGUGGGAAUUUAGAA